GUCGAACAGGCUCGUUCUCUCCCUCCCUCUCCGCUCACAGAUGUCGGGAAACUCGUGCUGAAAGCAGAGCCUGCAGAUAGAAAACGUGAGGAAGACUCCCUGCACACUCAGAAGGGAGCGACGAUGGUCCGGCUUGAUGCUCGGCGCUGUGAAAACAGCGAUGGAUUUCAGCGAUGGAGGCGAUAAUGAGCCCGCUCACUUGUCCUGUUUGUUUCAGUGUUUUGAUUUUUGAAGAAGCUUUCUUUAAAACGUGUCAAAGAACAAAAACCUUUUUCUGCAAAACUUUACAGCACAAACUUUGUGACGAGGAGCCGCAGGGGAGACGAGCAGCUUUUAUCUCCUCCUCAGAAACAGUAAGAGAAACUCUGAAGUCUCUAAAGUUGCAGCUUGUGUGGAGAUCACAGACUUUAAACUUAACCGAGCUUUAACAGGAAGCUCGAGCCCAGAGGUGGAUGUGCUGAUUCUGCUCUCACAACAAUCCAAAGAUUUCCACACUGUCGUCUAAGAGAGAGAAAGCAGGAGCACUGAUGAUAACCUUCAGUUUGUUUCACCUCGGUUUGGACGGUAGGUUGAAACUGCUGCUGGACAUGGACCAAAGGAAAACAUGAACACAACCUUCAUCCAAGUUUUUAAGUGUGGAAUCUGGAAAAUAAGGGAUGAACGCUGAUGUCCUGUCGGCCUGAGUCCAAGCGUCCUCUUUCUGUAACCUGGACUGCAGAGCUUGAACUGAGGGCUGUUUCCGAUUGAAAGUUACGCCCACGCAGAGCCUCACCUGCACCCUUCCAUAAAGAUGCUAUCAUGACUCGGAUCGUAGCCGCCUCUCCUGCAGAAAUACUGGCGUAAGUGUUUGGACUGUUGUCUCGUGGCUGGGUUUGUCCUUGACUCUCUGCUGGCUUCAAAUAGAGAUGGUUACUCCGCAACCAAACAAGCCCCACGUGUGCCUAACAGCAGUCCUCAUCAUGACCAGCCUGGCACUUAUGGACGCCUACCUGGUGGAGCAGAAUCCGGGUCCCCGGAGGCUCGCCGUGUCCGUCACCGUGUUGGCGAGCGACGCGUGUUUCCUCAUCGUCCUUCGUUACGUGGCCGUCUGGGCCGGGUCAGAGGUGCACACCGCGAGGCGAGGCUAUGCCAUGAUGCUCUGGUUCUUCUAUAUCUUUGUCCUGGAGAUCAAGGUCUACUUUGUUUAUCAGAACUACAAGUCCCAGGACACGGCUGCAGAUGUGGAGGUGGUGGAUGUAGGCGUGUCCCGGAGAGGUCUUACACUGCUGCUGUCCAUCUGCAUGCCCAUCGUGUUCGUAACGCUGGCUGCAAUAGAUCACCUGGAGUACUUGCGACCGUAUAAAAAAAGAGAGGAGAUACGGAGCCGCCUGUUCUGGGUGGUGCUGGACCUGCUGGAUGUUGUGGAUGUUCAAGCAAACCUGUGGGAACUUCAAAGCGAAGGACUCCCCCUGUGGGUGGAGGGUUUGAUGUUCUUUUACUGCUACAUCCUCCUGCUGGUGCUGCCGUGCGUCUCCCUGAGCGAGAUCAGCAUGCAGGGGGUUAACAUCGUCCCCCACAGAAUGAUGCUCUAUCCCAUCCUCAGCCUCGCCACCAUCAACAUCAUCACCCUCCUGAUCCGCACGGGAAAUCUGCUGGUCUACAGGGACAUCCGAGUGUCGGGGAUCAUGAUGGGAAAGAACGUGAUCACCAUCUUAGUGAAGAGCUGCAGCCUGCUGCAGUACAGGAAACAUCAGCCAGCUGCUCCUACGGCGGAUCGGGGCACCGAGAUCCAGAAGAACUCUCAGGAAGAGGUUCAGGUGUACGGCGGUCAGCACGUGGGGCUGCCCAGAGUCGUGAUCGAGGACUUCACCAGCAUCCCAGAAGAGGAGGAACAGGAUGAAGAAGGCGAGGAGGGCGGUGAUGAUGCCAGUCAACAGGAGGUGAGCUUGAAUGGCGAUGAGAUAAAAGAAGGAGAAACCCAACUGAAGCGACGGGAAACAACUGGUUUGGGAUAAACGAGCAUCUGCGGUGCUGCGGAGAAACUUUCUGAACUUUCUGAUCUGAGGAGCGCAGGGUUCACUCAGCGGGCUGCAGUCACUAAACCCAACAUGUUCUCACUGCGCUGCUGUAAUACUGAUCGACAGGUUGGACAUUUCUUCAGAUUCUUGUUUAUGAACUCAAACGUGACCGUUUCUAAGGAAAGGUCGUUUUUGUUGUUGUUUGUCCUGCUCUUGCUCUGAUAUAAAAAUAAUUUCUAUAACUUUCACUUAAAACAUGAGUAGAAACCAUCUUGUUCACACAGAUAUAUGGUGGGGAUGUAAAAUCCAUUUUCAGAGUGCUGAAUUUAAACUUGUCACACGUCUCUGAGAAUCAGUUAUUUAGAAGAUGCCCUGAAAGCUUCUUCUAGCUCUUGUUGGCAGGUUCAGGUUGAUGCUGCUCUCAUGUCUAUGAGCAGAUAUGAAGUAGAGCAGAUUUUGGCUCAGAGGACUCUGAUGUAAUCUUAGAGAAUUAAAACACUAGCUCAGACUGUUAGGUCCAUAAACAGUAACACAAAUCCAAGCGAACCCUUCCUCGGUGUCAGUGUUGAAGUCGUGCAGCAGCUCUCUGCAUAAAGAGAAGAUAUCGUGGACAGCGGAUGAAAAUGAUGAUUCUUCACUGGCUGAGGAGAUGAUGCUGGAGCUGUUGCCCGGUGCGCUCCCACACAUUACACUUACAAAGAUACGUGUGUCGAGUAAAGGAGCAAGGGAGGUGGCGUUGUUACCUGAACAGGUGUAAUCUCAGUUUCUGGACACUUUUCAGAGUACGCAUGUUUGGUGAAGAAGUUGUUUCUCAGGAUAUUCAUAAAUCUUGUGACAGAGCAACAGACGUCAGCUCAGCGACACGACCAGCAAACGGCUGACAAGGCUCCGUCCUACUUGUAGAAGUCCAUCCUCAUGUAACUCAGGGCCGAGGGGACU